AGAAAAAAAAGUGUUUAAUAAUUACCUUUGUUGACCUCUGUACCUUCUGGCUUCCUCCACUGCUGGGCACAAGACAUGGCCAUUCCUGGGUGCAGCCGUGCAGCCGUGCAGACGCAGGCAGCCGCUGCGCUGGGCAGCUCCCUGGACUCCGUAAGAGCAAGAGGCAGCCUCCUAGAACUGGCGGGAGGGGGACAUGGAGGAGACAAGCCUGAGAAACAGGAGAGAGGAUGAGAGGUCCAUCCAGAGUAUCCAGAGUAAGGAACACAAGACCACAAGUCUCCAGAAGGAGGUGGGCCUGCUCAGCGGCAUCUGCAUCAUCGUGGGCACCAUCAUCGGUUCUGGGAUCUUCAUCUCCCCCAAGUCUGUGCUCAGCAACACGAACGCCGUGGGGCCCUGUCUCAUCAUCUGGGCAGCCUGUGGGGUCCUUGCAACACUGGGGGCCCUGUGCUUUGCAGAGCUUGGAACAAUGAUCACCAAGUCCGGGGGCGAGUACCCUUACCUGAUGGAGGCCUUCGGGCCCAUCCCCGCCUACCUCUUUUCCUGGACCAGCCUGUUCGUCAUCAAGCCCACAUCCUUUGCCAUCAUCUGCCUCAGCUUCUCUGAGUAUGUCUGUGCGCCCUUCUACUCAGGCUGCAAGCCCCCCGAGGUCGUCGUGAAGUGCCUGGCUGCCGCUGCCAUCUUGCUCAUCACCACAGUGAACUCACUGAGCGUGCGGCUGGGGAGCUACGUCCAGAACGUGUUCACGGCAGCCAAGCUGGUGAUUGUGGCCGUCAUCAUCAUCAGCGGCCUGGUCCUCCUGGCCCAAGGAAAUACAAGGAAUUUUGAGAAUUCUUUUGAAGGCGCACAACUAUCUGUGGGAGCCAUCAGUCUGGCAUUUUAUAAUGGACUCUGGGCAUAUGAUGGAUGGAAUCAACUCAAUUACAUCACAGAAGAACUUAGAAACCCUUUCAGAAACCUGCCCUUGGCCAUCAUCAUCGGGAUCCCACUGGUGACGGGCUGCUACAUUCUCAUGAAUGUUUCCUACUUCACUGUGAUGACGCCUACCGAGCUCCUGCAGUCACAGGCGGUGGCCGUGACAUUUGGCGACCGUGUUCUCUAUCCGGCCUCUUGGGUGGUGCCACUCUUCGUGGGCUUUUCCACCAUAGGUGCUGCCAAUGGGACCUGCUUCACGGCGGGCAGACUUGUAUACGUGGCGGGCCGGGAAGGCCAUAUGCUCAAAGUGCUCUCCUACAUCAGCGUCAAGCGCCUGACUCCAGCCCCUGCCAUCAUCUUUUAUGGUAUCAUAGCAACGAUUUAUAUCAUCCCUGGUGACAUAAACUCACUGGUCAAUUACUUCAGUUUUGCCGCGUGGCUGUUUUAUGGCCUGACAAUUCUGGGAUUGGUGGUGAUGAGGUUUACAAAGAAAGACCUGGAAAGGCCUAUCAAGGUGCCCAUUGUCAUCCCCAUCCUGGUGACCAUCGUAUCCGCAUUUCUGGUCGUGGCCCCAAUCAUCAGUGAGCCCGCACUGGAGUAUCUCUACUGUGUAUUAUUUAUACUGAGCGGCCUGAUAUUCUACUUCCUCUUUGUCCACUAUAAGUUUGGUUGGGCUCAGAGAAUCUCAAAGCCGGUCACCAUGCAGCUCCAGAUGCUGAUGGAAGUUGUGCCCCCAGAGGAGGCUCCAGAGUAACAAGCUCGGCCUCCUGCAGCCAAGGCCAAGACGCCGUGAAUUUAUUUUUGAAUUUUCCCCAAACAUGAAGUCCAUAUGUAUGAAUGGAACAAAAAAAAAUUGGUAAUUGUUUACAUUUCACAAGUCACUAUGUCCUACAAAAUGUUAUUCAGAACUUCAGAGGGUAAAUUUAAAUGUCUGAAACAAAGAAAUCAAGAUUUAAACAUCUUGCCCAGCUCCCCACACGAUUCCCCUCUGGCUGUUCCAAGAAACAGAACCCCUGCCCCGAUUUAGGCAGCUCUACUGCUUGCCCUUAUUAUUUGCUGUUUUACAAAAGAGUGAACAUAAGCGAGUGUCCCUGGCAGGUGGCCAGCAAUCACGAGGCAAGCCUGGGCCACUCAGGCCUGGCCACCUGUCCAGAGGCCUCCCCCAGAGGGAGCAAAAUCUCUACCUACAGAAAGCGACACCUGCUGAGGACAAGAGCUCCGCGGAGUCAAACCUUUGCCAGAUGGGGGGACUUCCAACCUCUGAAGAGCCUGCUCGACUUAGCCGAGAGAAAGGACAAUCACCCCGGUACUCCAUGUGCCAAUCUGACACCCGCCAAGCAGCCCCUGGGAGUCCUGGCGGCAGCCGCCUGGAGCCCAGGGCUGGCCUCCCUCGAAGUGCUGCUACCCAGCAGCACCCAGGGGCAGCCCCUAGAGCAGGGCAAGGCCACCCAGCAAGCAGAAAGUCUUAUUUUACAGAUGAGGAAACUGAGAGUCAGAGUGUGAUCCCAACCUGCUCACGGUACAUCCUGGUGACAGUAUACCUUUUGUUCAAGUGGUGGCUUAUCUACUGGGACAUCUGUGUUUUCUGAUGUAUAAUAAAAAAGUCUUGGGGGCAGCCACAA